AUGGCCGAGUUUGCCGCACGCGUAGCGAAUAUCGACUUGUUUGCGAGGUACCUGCCGCGUGCGGUGAACUCGGCGCGGUUCGCCAAGAACGCGCACCUGUCCCGCCUGCUGCAGCACGUGAACGAGACGGCCGAGUCGCUGAGCGUGGUGCGCGCCCACGGCGCCACGCGGCGCUUCCUGGCACGCUUCUGCCGCCUGGCGGACGCCAACCUGCGGCUGUGCCUGGCGAGCGUGGGUUGCGUGCGGCUCACGCGGGUUUUCAGCUCCGCCUGCGGACUCGUGGUGGUGCUGGCCACGCUCGCCUUCGCCAUCGGUGAGGAUCCCAGCACCGCGGGUCUCGUUCUCAACUCCUCUCUGGCCAUCCCAAUCAUCAUGGUUUCCUUGUGCACGGCACUGCUUGGCAUCACGCAGAUUGUGGUUGCCCUUGAACGCCAGCUGGAGUAUGCAGAACUUCCAGAUGAGGAAUAUCCUGACGUCCCAAAGCAUGGCAAGCCGGUUCGAAGAGAAGCCUCCGCCGAAGGCAAGACGGUCAUGCAUCCUGAAUGGCCAACUGAAGGUCGUAUAGAGUUUCAGGACUACUGUGCCUCGUACCAACCAUCCAAACUGGACGACUGCCUCAGUAACAUCACGUUUACCAUCCUACCGCGCGAAAAGGUGGGCAUCGUCGGCCGCACGGGUGCUGGCAAGUCUUCGCUAGUGCUGGCCCUGCUGCGCGUCAUCAGGGCCACCAGAGGUCGCAUCCUUGUUGACGGCGUCGACAUCGCGUCGGUACCACUGCGCAGGCUACGCACUGCUAUCACCGUCAUACCACAGGACCCAUGCCUGGUGGACGGCACACUGCGCGCCAACCUUGACCCUCGCGAGUGCCACUCGGACGAGGAACUGCAUGCGGUGCUGCGGCAGACGCACCUCGCGUCGUACGUGCAGCGGCAGCCCGAUGGGCUCCGGCUACGCACCGGAACGGGUGGUGAGCGCCUGAGUGUGGGCCAGCGGCAGCUGGUGUGCUUGGCGCGCGCUAUCCUGCGUAGACCCAAGAUACUGGUACUGGACGAGGCCACCUCGCAGAUGGACAGCGACACGGACAGCCUGAUCCAAGCCACACUCCGGGACAGCUUUGCCGCCAGCACCGUGCUCACGGUGGCGCACAGAAUACACACGGUUCUCGACUACGACAAAAUACUCGUCAUGAGCGACGGGAAGGUCUUCGAGUUUGCAUCCGUGCAAGAUCUUCUUGAAGACCACUGUUCUACGUUUUUCAACAUGGCUAAAAGUGCAGCCAUAUCUCAAGGCGACAAGAACCAAGAGGCGGAAGAAGAAUGUACACCAAGAGAAUACACUCAGUUCUGAUUUUCAUGUUUCCA